UAUGCCGUUGGAGGAGUGCGGCUGUCCGAUGUAAUGUUUGAAAACAUCGAGCAAGUGCACAGUAUUGUGGCACAAGUGAUCCUGGGCCUAGCCAUUGCCGAGGAAGCGCUACAGUUCGAGCACCGCGACAUUCAGAUGGAGAAUGUGCUUGUUAAGAUGACACCGAAUGAGACGGCAGUGUUCGUCUACAACAAGAAGAAGAUAGUCCUUCACACACGCGGCGUCAUCGCUUGUGUCAUCGACUUCAACCUUUCCCGAGCCACUAUUGAUGGGAGGCCAGUGUACUACGACCCCAGCAGACACUUCACGACCGACUUUCUGGAAGAACGAAGCUGCAUGGCUUUCGACACUAUGCGCGGAGCACUACGGAAUAACUGGUCUACAUUUCUGCCCGAGACAAAUGUGCAAGGAACCUUGCAAUUCCUCUACGAAAUAGAGAUAUUCCUUCGGAACCAGGACUACGAGGAGAGUGCAUUGAAGACCAUUCAAAGCUUGAAGACUGAACUGAACCAGUACAAGGCGCUCUCAACAUUUGCAAGCCGUUCAACAGUACUGCCGAAAUUGCUACUACUGGAGUCCACGCAUCCAUAG